AUGGCGGAGACCGGCGCCGCCGCCGCCGCCGCCAGGAGUUUCCUGGCCGAUUCCUCCGGCUUCGAUUCGAGACUGGCCGACGCCUCCAGGGAGCUCCUGUUCUCCGGCAGAGUUUCGGGCAUCGUUGAAGAUGUACCUCCGAUUGAAACUAGAGUUGUUUUGGCUGGAGAAACUGGAAAGAAUGAAGAUCUUCUACAAGCUUUGCAGGAAUUGAAGAUUUCCUUCAUUAAGUCAGAAGGAGCAGAAGAUUUUGGGCAUGAAGAAAACGCUGAAUUUGAGACACUUUAUGUCUUGGGGGAAUUCGAAGGUCAAAUUUAUGACACCUUGCGCAAGACUGAUGGUAGAAUCCUGGGACCUCCUGUUGUGCUUCACUGUGCUCAGAAAGGAGAGCCUUUGCCUUUCACAUCGCGGCCGCUGUACUGCACAGGCAUGCUGAAUCUCGUCUUGUGCUUCACAGGAUUCAGGAAGGAGAAGUUGCUUAGUCUUGUUACCCUGGUCCAUCAUAUGGGAGGAACCAUCCGUAAAGAAUACACUGGGAAAGUUACGCAUCUUGUUGCAAAGUCUACUCAAAGUGACAAAUUCAGGAUCGCUGUGAGCAUGGGUACACCAAUCAUGAAAGAAGAAUGGAUUUGCAAAGCUUGGGAGAACAGAAAUGAAUUUGGAUUCCAUGCUGCAGGUGCCGAGUUUCAAAAUGGGUUCAAAGUCCUCCCUUUCCACGACUGCACGCUGAGCUUCAUUGGGUUCUCGGAUGAAGAAAUGAGAAGUAUGGAGGAAAUGACAGAAAUGCAAGGAGGAAGGUACCUGCCUCUUGGUGAUGAAAAGUGCACGCACUUGGUGGUUGAGAAUACAGUGAAACAGUUGCCCCUUGAUCUAUCCCAAAAACUGUUCAUUGUGAAACAGGAGUGGUUUUGGGGAAGUAUACAGAUGGAUGCCAGAGCUGGAGAGUCCAUGUAUUUGUUUCAAGAGUCAGAAAGUCCAGCCCUUAAGAAGUCUGUGUCUUUGCUUUCACUGAACACACCAAAUAGUACACGUAAAAGACGACGUUUGCGAGACACAUUGGCUCAGCUUACGAGAGAGACUGACAAUCUUUCACCUUUCCCACCGCGGAAACGACCAUCAGCAGAGGCUUCCAUUUCAAUGGGAUCUUUACUGGAUAUCUCUAACACUCCAGAAUCUUGUGGAGAGAAUGCAGUGACCAAACUAGUGAUGAGGCAUAGAAAGAAUAGACAGCAGCAGGUUGGCAAGCAUUUACAGAAGUGGAAAGCUCAGAGAUGGCACAAACCAGGAAAGCAAUCUGGCAGCCUUAUUGAUGAUAACAAGUCAGAAAUAGAACAUGGCAAUUUUCUAGAAUUUUUUCAGCAAAAGCAUGAAGAAUCUGAUAGUUACACAAUGAGCUUCUUGAGUAGCAGUCCAGAGGGGAAGCAGUUUGAAGACACACUUCAGGUUAGGAAUGCAAUGGAAAUGGGAGAAAUCUCCCAAAUUACUGUGGCAAGCACUGCCUUGGAUAAUACCGUAGUAAGUGAUUUAGAAGCUUCUGUCUGCCCAACAGAAGCCUUGGCUAUUCAGAUCGAUGAAGAAACUUUAUGUCAGGACAAUCAUGCAGAGAACAACUUUGCACAUGCUAAUAGGCUUACUGAUGUAUCGCGAUUGCUUGAUCUCGAAUUGAUGACAGGCUUUCAACAGAAUGGUUCUGUCAGACAUGUGGACACUGUAUGUUGUGCUCUGGAAAAGAUGCUUCCAAGCCAUGAUGAUACUCAAGAUAAAGAUGAGGAUCUUAUGUUCCAGCAAAAUGUUAGUCCACUGUCUAAUGUGGUUAACGAGGCACCAAAGGAGUUGGAGACAAAGUUUCUCGAGGAUCAAAUGCAGGAAAACUUUCAGGGUAGCAUGGAAUUCGAACUAAAUGCUAUGACUGAAGACUCAUCUUCCCUAGAAAUGUCCUCAGUCUCUGAAUGUUCUAUGGCUAAAAGUUUUAUUAACCUUUGGGAUGUCAGUACAAUUUAUGCUUCAGAAACGCCGAAGUCCAGCNAAAAAAAUUUGAAAUAUUUAUUGGGAACUCAUGCCAAGCAAUCUGCACGGUGGCAGGUUGCCAUGGAACUGUACCAGACGGAGAGCAACUAUGUCAAUAUUUUAACAACCAUCAUUCAGUUAUUUAAAGUUCCUUUGGAGACGGAGGAGCAGCUUGGAGGACCUAUUCUUGCACAGGAAGAAAUAAAAACCAUCUUUGGCAGUAUUCCAGAUAUUUUAGACGUGCACACAAAAAUGAAGGCUGAUCUUGAAGAACUUAUGAUCAACUGGUCAGAAAACCAUAGUAUAGGCAACAUUGUUCUACGAUAUUCUAAGGAAUUGGUGAAGACCUACCCAACAUUUGUGAACUUCUUUGAAAUGAGUAAAGAGACUAUUGUGAAGUGUGAAAAGCAAAAGCCAAGGUUCCAUGCCUUUUUGAAGAUUAAUCAGGCUAAACCUGAAUGUGGUCGCCAAAGUCUGGCUGAGCUGCUUAUACGUCCUGUGCAAAGGUUGCCGAGUGUUGCCUUGCUCUUGAAUGAUCUUCGAAAACAUACUGCAGAUACAAAUCCUGACAAAGUAACAUUGGAAAAAGCUAUUGAAUCACUAAAGGAAGUCAUGACGCAUAUCAAUGAAGACAAAAGGAAAACUGAAGGUCAGCGACAAAUCUUUGAUGUUGUCUAUGAAGUAGAUGGCUGCCCCGCUAACUUAUUGUCAUCUCAUCGGAGCCUUGUCCAGCGAGUGGAAACAAUUGUACUCAGUGAUGAGUUGUGUGACCGGGGUGAACAAGUCACUUUAUUCUUAUUUAAUGACUGUCUGGAGGUUGCAAGAAAGCGCCAUAAAGCAGUCAGUUCUUUCAAGAGCCCCCAUGGGUCCACACGCCCUUCUGCUUCUCUCAAGCACAUUGUUCUUAUGCCACUUUCCCAGAUCAAAAGGGUACUGGAUAUUAAGGAGACUGAAGAUUGCCAGAGUGCUUUUGCCCUGGUGGUUCGACCUCCAACAGAACAGUCAAACCUGAUCUUCAGUUUUCAGUUAAUAGUGGAAGAACCUCAGAAGAGUGACUGGUUAAGGCUGCUCUGUCGGCAUGUAGCAAACACCAUUUGCAAAGCCGAUGCAGAAAAUAUUAUUUUAAAAACAGACCCAGAAUCUCUGGAGAUCAACACUAAGGACAUGGAUAGUACAUUUAGCAGAGCAUCGAGGGCACUCAAGAAGACCUCAAAGAAGGUUACAAGAGCAUUCUCGUUUACGAAGACACCUAAGAGAGUACUACAGCAAGCCUUAAUGGCCCACAGCACUCCAGAUGGAAAGAUUCCAUCGGCCAACGUAAAUUACAUAGGCAGCCGUUUAGCCAGCACGGCAUCAUUAGCGAUUUCUCGUUCUUCAUCUUCAGUUCAUCUAAAUAGCUUGAUGACAUCAUCUAAGUGUGUAAAUGUGCAGCGCUCUAACUCCAUGGAUGGUGCACCAGUUAGCUCCAGACCUCGAAAUAAUCUGUGUCCUCCUUCACCAAGUCGCCCCUUUACCUAUCUCAGUGUGGACAGUGAUUCUUGUAGCUCUGAUGCCUCCAACAGCCUCCAGAGCCUAUGCAGUUUCUUUGCUUUACCUGCUAUGAAAGUUUCUGAUGAACAGAAGGCUAAGCUCUCUCUCGACUUCAGCAUUCAAAAACAAGGCAUUUAAAGCACUGAACUUAAAGGAGUGCAAUCUCCUUCAUUGGUGAGUCUGCCGGCAAUGUUU